AUGCCUAAUUUUUCAAUUCAGAAGUUCUACAGAGAACUACAACCUAUAUACCCUAAAGUCCCUUGGAGGAAGAUGAUUUGUAACAACUAUGGACUGCCCAAAUGGAUAUUUACAUUUAGAGUAGCUGCUAUGGGAAGGCUGUAUACUAUAGAUAGACUUGCUAAAUGGGGAAUCACAAAUGUCCUAGACUGUCCACUAUGCAACAGUGCUCUUGAGUCCAUUAGACAUCUGUUCUUUACAUGUCCUUUUUCUAGCUAUGUUUGGACUCAACUACUGGUCUGGCAAGGGAUAAGCAGAACACCACAAAACUGGGAUGUGCAACUGAUAUGGAUAUCAAGAAAUACCAAAAAAUCAGUGGAGGCUAAAAUAUUCAGAAUGGUUGCUUCAGGGUGCAUUUAUCAUGUAUGGAAGGAAAGGAAUUAUAGAGUGUUUCGAACCAAAUCUACGACUGCUGCACAGGUGAUCAAGACUGUCAUUCAGGAGGUUUGUUAUAGAGGAAAUGUACGAGCUGGAAUUGAACUAAAAUUGAGAUCCAUUAACUUUUACCCUGUGUGGUACUAG